GUGAAAUCAAUCGCUGCGGAAUAAGUUAUGUUUACUUCGGUGGUAUUAAAUUGGACUGGGAAGGUAUAAAAAAUUGGUGUUUCGUGGCAGUUACCUCGAUAUAUACGUUACAGGUUAUGAUCGGUAAACAUGGUGCGAGCAUAUCGCAGAUCGGAUGCAUCGAGGACCUAUUCUGUUCUACCCAAGGAUGUCCUGUCCAAGUGCUUGGCGGAUGUGAAAGCCGGAAGAAAAACAAUUGUCGCAGCGUCUAAGGAAUAUCAUAUCAGUCGCCAAACUAUAUACAAUAAGCUAAACAAUGUUCACAACAAAUCCCCCGGACAUCAGAGAGUGUUUUCUAAGGAAGAAGAACAGUCAUUUGCCGAUCAUCUGUCGCUGCUGUCUGAAUGGGGAUUUCCAGUAGGCACAGGUGAUCUCCGGGAAAUUGUAAGAAUCUAUCUCAAAAAACAAAACCGAGAAAUUUUGACAUUCGUUGACAACAAACCAGGAAAAGAUUGGGUGAGUCGAUUUCUCCGCGAUCAUUCAGAGCUAAGCAAGAGAUUUGCACAAAAUAUUAAGGUAUGUCGUGCCGAUAUAAGCCGUGAGACUAUUCGAACCUAUAUGGAUCAUCUGCGACGAACGAUUGAAGGUAUUCCACCACAGAACAUAUUCAAUUAUGAUGAAACCAAUCUUGCUGAUGAUCCGGGCAAGAAGUUGGCAAUUUGUAAACGCGGAUUGAAAUAUUUCGAAAACGUUCAAAAUUUCAGUAAAUCGUCCACUUCGGUAAUGUUUUGUGGUAAUGCCACCGGAAAUAUGAUUCCUCCAUACGUUGUGUUCAAGUCAGAAUGUUUGUGGGAUUCGUGGACUCAAAAUGGACCAAAAGGAACACGUUUUAAUCGGACCUCAUCUGGUUGGUUUGAUGAACAUGUUUUCGAGGAUUGGUUCAAUAUGUUGUUUCUGCCAGCGAUUCGUCACCUUGAAAGGCCUGUUGCUCUAAUAGGCGAUAAUUUGUCCUCUCAUAUCAACCCAGCAGUAAUCAAGAAAUGUCAGGAAGAAAACAUCAAGUUCAUAUGCCUACCACCGAACACAACACACCUAACGCAACCAUUAGAUGUGGCAUUUUUUGGACCCAUGAAACGCGAAUGGAGAAAGAUUUUGUCGACUUGGCGCAAUUCUCGCGAGGGAGCAAAAAAACCGACCAUACCAAAGGAGAGAUUCGCCUUUCUUCUGAACGAUCUUACACAAUCGAUUGCUCCUCGCCAAAAACAAAUAUUGAGAUCCGGCUUCCGUAAAUGUGGAAUAUACCCAUUGAAUGUUGAGCAACUCCUCAGUCGAUUUCCACCUUUGAACGCUGACACAUCGCUCGUUGGAGAUUCAUUUAAGGAGUUUUUAGUUCAUCAGCGAGCAAAUGUAACUGGUCAUGAAAAUGAGACUAAGCGGAAAAGGAAACUUAAAGUUGACCCUGGAAAAGGUAUAACGCCAGACGAUAUUCAGAAGGCAGUCUUAAAGGAUCGUAACACUGUUGUUCCGGCAAAAAAGAAAAGAAAAAAGUAACAAGUGCAGGUA